AUGAAAACGGUUCUUAUCACUGGCUCUAAUAGAGGUAUUGGCCUUUCGUUCGUCAAAAACUACCUGAGCUCUGGCAAUUGGUCGGUAAUUGCAACGGCGAGGGACAUCCAUCGCGCACAAGAGCUGAAUCGACUGCAAAAUGGCAGGUUGGAAGUACUGGAAUUGGAUUUGGCCGAUGAAAAGUCGAUUUGUAACCUCCAAAGCCAACUGAAGGGUAGACCGAUCCAUUUGCUUAUCAACAACUCUGGCAUUUUUAUCCAAGAUUCUCUUCAGAGCAUCAAUCAAUCGAUGUUUAUCGAUCAGUUCAAGGUUAAUAGCAUCGGCCCACUACUGGUAGCAAAGGCUUUGUUGCAGAACCUCACUAUUUCAAGUGAGACGACAAAAAUUGUAAACAUUUCUUCAAGAAUGGGCUCCAUUGAAGAUGCAUCCGUUGACUACUAUGGCUAUCGUGCCAGCAAAGCUGCGCUUAACAUGUUUACAAAAGUCUUGUCUAACGACCUGAAAAAAAUUAACUUGAAUAUUUGUGCAAUUGCUUUACAUCCGGGAUACGUCCGUACCGAUAUGACUGCUGGAAAGGGAAAUAUUCCACCGGAAGAGUCCGUUGCCAAGAUGGUUAAGGUUAUCGAAGAGGCCGAGAUAAAGUCCUCUGGAUCGUUUUUUCAUCUAGACGGAUUCACUCUCCCUUGGUAA